GAAAGGUGCGGCUGCCCCAGAGUCACUCCAACCUCGCCACCCGUCAGAUCGCCCCGAGAAGAAGGAAAUUGCUCUGUUGCCGCCUGAGACUACGCAGGCCCCUUUAGUGGGGCGGGGAAGUAGAUGUGGGAAAGGCCUAGGCUUGGACAAACGCAAGACAAGUUCAACCGUGGCCUCGCUACCCACUCUUUGUCCAGCUUGUAUUUACAGAUAACCUACAAGGAUGUCCUUUUUUUUUUUUUUUUACGAUGCAAAGAUUCAGGAUCUAGUUGUACAGACUACAAGACUUUUUAGAUAUUUGUUAAGGCAACACUAAGGGCAGUCCCAUAAAAGGCCCCUUGUGAGGUAAGGACAGCCUACCAGAGACUUCAAUCUGAGCUUCUCAGAGUGGGGAGAAGGAUGCAUGUGCUGCUGAGAAGAAAGGGUAUAUAUUUGAUACAUGUUGGAAUAUUUUACAUGUCAGGUAUCAGUCAGUCGACCACGCCCAUGCAGUAACGCGAAGUGGAGGAGGGGUAAAAGAGGACCCUACAGGCCACCGGAGUCUAGGUAGCUCCGUCGCCAUUUGCUGUUUCGUCAUAGUGUACUGUUGUGAUUUACGGGAGAGCUCCGGUGGGUAGACAUUUGUUUACUCAACCUGCGACUGAUAGAUAUUUCCAGCUUUCUCAAGGGGAAAGGAGUUGGCAGCGACCAUCGGUAAAAGUUGUCGCUGUUACCGCCAUGCCUAAGAAUAAAGGUAAAGGAGGUAAAAAUAGACGCAGAGGUAAAAAUGAAAAUGAAUCUGAAAAAAGAGAGUUGGUUUUUAAAGAGGAUGGUCAAGAGUAUGCUCAGGUAAUCAAAAUGUUGGGAAAUGGACGAUUAGAAGCAAUGUGUUUUGAUGGUAUUAAGAGGUUAUGCCAUAUUAGAGGAAAGUUGAGAAAAAAGGUUUGGAUAAAUUCCUCAGACAUCAUAUUGGUUGGCCUUCGAGAUUAUCAGGAUAAUAAAGCUGAUGUAAUUUUAAAGUACAAUGCAGAUGAAGCUAGAAGUCUGAAGGCAUAUGGAGAACUUCCAGAGCAUGCUAAAAUUAACGAAACAGAUACUUUUGGUCCUGGAGAUGAUGAUGAAAUUCAGUUUGAUGAUAUUGGAGAUGAUGAUGAAGAUAUUGAUGAUAUCUAAUCUGAAAGUGAUUCUGAGGAUUGUUCCACUGUUGAAAUCUCAGCUGUCACCUGCUAAGAAGAAUAAAAUUUCAUUUAGAAUGAGUAAAAUUUAUUAAAGCAGAUCCAUUUAUUUUCAUUUUUUUAAAAAUAUUAUAUUUUGUUAAAACUAGAGUAAUCUUAAAUAACAUGUUACUAACACUUCAUUUUUUAGAUGUAACUGAAUUUAGAAGUAAAGGCUCAAACAACUUUGCCUUGUUAAAACCAAAGUAAGGAAGAAAUGCCUUCCCAUUUAUGACUACUUUAUUUCUAGUAAAUGAAUGUUUUUAAUUAUUUGCCAUUUAUAUAUAGUAGAUUAUAGUAAGCCCUAAUUCCAACUGAUGUUUACAGCAUUUUUUUUUGUAUGGUUUAGUUAACCAGAUAUUCUCUUGAGAUUUUUAUCACAUUUUUAAGGAAAAAAGAAAUCUGCAUUUGAAAUCAGAAAAAAUAGGGCUAUUUUUCUUAUUUAUCAAAAUAUAUUUUUAUUCUUAAUGUCUUCUGUAUUUCUUUAUUUAUGUUGCCACCAUCCAAAGUAAGCUUUCCCAAAUUGCAAUUUAAAACAUGGGAACAAUUUUGAGUUCAAAAGAUUAGCAGUUUCAAAUGGAACACCCGGUGAUAACCAUUUUUCUUCAUGUUAGAAAUAUUGAUAUGACUUGACAGUGUUUAUUUAAUUUUUACUUUUUUAAGAUCAUACAAAUAGAAAAUGAAAAAUGAAUGAAAAUACAUUGUUCUAAUAUUUACCUACCAAAUUUUCCAAAAAAGGAAACUUUUGCUGUUACAUAAUAGUUUUUUACUUUGCAAGUAAGUCAUAUAAAAUGAUGACUUACUUUCUUUUUUUUGCCCCACAGUCAUACAUUGUAGCCCACAUUUUGAGACUUAAUGGGUAAUUAAAUUGCAUUGUGCAAAUGGAAAACUAAUUUUAUAACAUUCUAUAAACUAAGCCUUUCUUAAGCUAACCUUAGAUUAAGAGGAAAAGAACUACAACUUAUUGAAAAGAUGGUUUCUGUUUUCUGUAUGGAAGAACCAUGGCAUUAAAAAUAUAAUA